AUGAAUGAGUUGAAUCUGAGUGCUGUGGGCAUGGACCAACUUACCUCCUCCUCAGUUGCCAAUGCUCUGCCUGUCUCUGGAAACCACCUUGGGCUUACAGCCUCCCCACCACACAAUGCUCUUACCACAACAGGUCUGCCUGUGGCCAUUCCUAACAUCGGUCCAUCUUUGAGCUCCCUUCCUUCUGCUCUUUCUGUCAUGCUUCCUAUGGGCAUUGGAGAGAGAGGCGUCAUGUGUGGCCUCCCGGAGAGAAAUUACACCUUGCCACCACCACCAUAUCCACAUCUUGAAAGUAGCUACUUCCGCCACAUACUGCCUGGAAUCUUGUCCUAUUUAGCAGACCGCCCUCCUCCUCAAUACAUACACCCCAGCUCUUUGAAUGUUGAUGGUAAUGGAGGCCUUCCUGUAUCCAACAGCUCUCCAUCUCUAGACCCAUACCAGUCUGGUGGUUCUGUCGGGCUGGAGACAGGAAUGGUGUCUCUGGACAGGACAGUAGGUGGACAUUCCAGCCAGAGCUUACACCCUAGCGAUGGGCACGAGGUGGCACUGGAUGCUGGGAUCAGUAUGGAUAAUGUGUCUCGGGUGAACAGUCCCAUCACGACUGAUCGGAUAACAGAGGAACUGACCAUAGAAGGCGUGACUGGGGAGCACUCUCAGAUCUCCAGUGUGUCUCGCUCCCAUGAGUCUCUCGCUGUGGAGGCCAACCUACCUCCGGAUGCUGUGGGCCAUGCUGGGGUACUGCCAUUACACAGCGGAUCACUGGAGCUUCCUGUGGUCAUGGAGAGCGAGCACCAUAUGGGGGGCUCGGUCCGGAAUGACGGAAAAUUCGCUCAGCGAUGCUAUCCACACUGUGGCCUUGAGCAGUAACUCUGUCAGCGUGGCGCUGUCUACCUCGCAUCAGCUCUCCUCUUUAACUUCAGUAUCACUGCACGGGGGUGCCAUGAGCUUAGAGCCAGUCACAGUGUCUUCCAUCACGCAGGAAGUGUCGCUGGCAGGCGGACAUGUCGAUGCUGGCAAUCUGACAUUUGUCCCAUCCUCCUUGCAGAUCGAUUCAAACUCCAACAAGGAAAACAUGGCCACUCUUUUUACAAUUUGGUGUACACUGUGUAACCGGGCAUAUCCCUCAGACUGCCCAGAACAUGGACCAGUCACCUUUAUCCCUGACAGCCCCAUUGAGAGCCGGGCACGCCUGUCCCUUCCCAAGCAGCUGAUCCUGAGGCAGUCAGUGACGGGGGCAGAAGUAGGAGUUUGGACCCAGGAAAAUAUUCCAGUCAGAACUUGCUUUGGCCCCUUAAUAGGACAAGAGAGUCAGUCCUUGGAAGUUGCGGGCUGGACUGACAAAUCUGCCAAUCACAUCUGGAAGAUGUACAACAACAAUGUGAUGGAAUUCUGCAUCAUAACAACAGAUGAGAAUGAAUGUAACUGGAUGAUGUUUGUCCGGAAAGGCGAGGAACCCGGAGGAGCAGAAUCUGGUGGCAUACCCUCACAAUGGGAAAAUCUAUUUUUGCACCUCCCAGGAUAUCCCCGUCCAGGAGGAACUGCUCUUCUAUUACAGCCGGGACUACGCUCAGCAGCUGGGUUUGCCUGAGCAGCCAGAGGUUCUGCUGUGUCAUUGUGGGAAGGAGUGUAUGUCCUACGCAGAAUUCAAGGCUCACCUGAACAGUCACGUGAACAGUCACCUCACCAGCGAGACCCUGAGCAGCGAGGACACCAGCCAAGCUCUGACCUGUAGCAAAGAACGCAAGUGGAAGUGCUCAGUGUGCCCACGCUCUUUUUCCUCAUCGUCCAAGCUCAAUGUACACUACAUGGGGCACAUGGGUAUGAAACCCCACAAAUGUGAGUUCUGCAGCAAAGCUUUCAGUGACCCAAGCAACCUGCGCACUCAUCUCCGCAUACACACAGGGCAGAAAAAUCAUCGCUGUGGUCUUUGUGAUAAGUUAUUUACGCAAAAAGCCCACUUGGCCUCACACAUGGUGACCCACACUGGUGAGAAGAACCUGAAGUGUGACUUCUGUGAAAAGAUGUUCAUGAGGAGGCAGGACCUCAAACAGCACGUGCUCAUCCACACCUGGUGA